CCCCGUCUUCCGUUGCGGCGGCGGCGUCGCGUGUGUGAGGCGCCGCUUGCGGCCUGCUGCUCAAGACUGAAGCAAAAUGAAUGAACAUCCAAAGAAGAGGAAAAGGAAGACUCUACACCCCUCACGCUAUUCAGAUUCUUCAGGCGUCCCAAAAUACAUAGACAAUAGUGGCAUAUUUUCUGACCACUGCUACAGUGUGUGUUCUAUGAAACAGCUAGACUUGAAGGUUUCUGAUAAUCGAGAUAAACCUGCCAAUAAUGGAAUUUUUAAAGACACAUGCGAGUCUCCUAUCUUCAAUGACAGCUUAACUGAAGAAGAGAAACCACUGGAUAUUCAGACUGUAGAAAUUUCUACUACUGAAGUCCAGGCUGUUGAAGUUCAUGACAUAGAAACUCAAACUAUUUCCCCGGAGAAGUUUGAAGCGGAGGAAGCUGAGGAAAUCCCAGUUGAAACCUGCAAAGUGCUUGAGAAAAACCCUCCUUUGAAUGUUACCAUUCAGCCAAAAUGGCCUCUCUUACGGGCCAACAGCAGUGGCUUAUACAAAUGUGAGCGUUGCGCAUUUAACAGCAAGUACUUUUCAGAUUUGAAGCAGCAUCUUGUCCUGAAGCACAAGGCAUGUCCUGAGGGCCACAUCUGCCGGGUAUGUAAAGAAACGUUCUCCUCUAAAAAAGUGCUUAUUGAACACUUAAAAAUCCAUGAGGAAGAUCCCUACAUUUGCAAAUACUGUGACUACAAAACGGUAAUGUUUGAGAACUUGAGCCAGCACAUAGCAGACACACACUUCAGCGACCACCUUUACUGGUGUGAGCAAUGCGACGUCCAGUUCUCCUCCAGCAGUGAGCUGUACCUCCAUUUCCAGGAGCACAGCUGUGAUGAACAGUACCUGUGCCAGUUUUGUGAACAUGAGACGAGUGACCCCGAGGACUUGCACAGCCAUGUGGUGAAUGAGCAUGCAGGCCGGCUGAUUGAGCUGAGCGACAGCUACCACAGCAGGCAGCAGCAAGGCCAGUACAGCCUGGUCAACAAAAUCAGCUUUGACAAAUGCAAGAACUUCUUUGUGUGCCAAGUAUGUGGCUUCCGCAGCAGGCUUCAUACCAAUGUCAACCGGCAUGUGGCAAUUGAGCACACCAAAAUAUUCCCCCAUGUUUGUGAUGACUGCGGGAAGGGCUUUUCAGGCAUGCUGGAAUAUUGCAAACAUUUGAACACUCAUAUGUCAGAAGGGAUUUAUUUGUGUCAAUAUUGUGAAUAUUCAACAGGGCAGAUUGGAGACCUCAAAAUUCACUUGGACUUCAGGCAUUCGGCUGAAUUGCCUCACAAGUGCACUGAUUGCUUGAUGAGAUUUGGAAAUGAAAAAGACCUUUUAAGCCAUCUUCAAAUUCAUGAAAUCGCUUGAUUGUUGUUGUUGUUGUUGUUGUUGUUGUGUGUGUGUCCCUGUGCCCCAUCUAGCUCAGAAUAUUAGAAUUUAAACAUGUUUUCCACAUAUGCUGUCCUUGAAUGAACUUCAAAUGAAUCUACUCCUAAGUCACUAGGAAAGAAUCACUAUAGGCAGAGGCCUACUUGUGAUGUAGCCCUACUUGUGUUCAGUAAUAAACCCUGGCUUUAAUGGAACCCAGGGUUUUGAAUUCGCAGCCUUGUAGGGUGAGCUGGCUGCAGACCCAACCCACCAGCUUUCUUUACACACACUAUGCAGAUUGUUCAAGAAACAUUCAGUGAAUUUUCAAGCAGUACAAUCAGUGACUUCAUCUCUGCAUUUUUGGGUCUCCUGACCAGGAUUUCUGCAGGUAGAAAAUAAGCACAUUAGCGAAAACAGCUGUUGAGUUGGAGUGGGAGGGGGAAGUUGUGUGUGUCAGUGAACCUGUUAAUGCAUAAUAGCAUGUGCAGUUGGUGUAUGAAGAUAACAUAGUAUAAAGUUGUUUUGUACCUGGGGGGGGG